GAAAAGUCACCGGUUUCCCUCCCAAACCUCAGCCCCGCCCUCCUCCUCGAAAUAAAUAGAGGGAGUAAAACCGCGAGACAGCACUGCGAGGGAAGAGAAGCACGCGAGCCUUCUUCUGUUCCAAAGCUUCUACCAGAGCAACAUACGAGUGAGGAAGCGAGGUAGAAGGUUCUGCGGCGGAGAGAGAUGGCCGGGAAGGGAGGCAAGGGUCUGCUCGCGGCAAAGACGACGGCGGCCAAGGGAUCCGCCGACAAGGACAAGGACAAGAAGAAGGCGCCCGUGUCCCGCUCCUCUCGCGCCGGGAUCCAGUUCCCGGUGGGCCGUAUCCACAGGCAGCUCAAACAGAGGGUCUCGGCCAAUGGCCGGGUUGGCGCCACUGCUGCUGUAUACUCUGCAGCGAUCCUUGAGUACCUGACUGCUGAGGUCCUGGAGCUGGCUGGCAACGCUAGCAAGGAUCUUAAGGUGAAGCGUAUCACCCCUCGCCACCUGCAGCUUGCCAUCCGUGGAGACGAGGAGCUUGACACCCUUAUCAAGGGCACCAUUGCUGGCGGUGGUGUCAUCCCUCACAUCCACAAGUCGCUCAUCAACAAGACCUCCAAGGAGUGAAUGGAUGCAACAGUGCGUUGUCCCUGUAGUGUAUCUUCGUGACCCCCGUUAUGUUGUGAUAUGUGGUGUUGGUAUUGUCAGAACCUGAAUUAGCUAUCGUUUGUUGAAUUUGUGAUGGACUACCUUCUGGUAACAGCUUAUUAAGGAUGCCUUUGGAGCAGAUGUAAUCUUGAUGUAGAACUGCUGAUAUCAUAUCCCGUCGUAUUGAAGACUAGCUAAUCUUUGUUUGUUCA